CCCACUCUCUGAGUCACCGCCCACUACAGUCAUCGACCAACACCCCCCAAAAAAGGCCACUACCGGACGCUCCCCUUCCCCUGUGGACGAACAUUCAUCCUCCCACUCCUCCAGGCUCGGUCAACGACGGCUCAAGCAACGAAUUCACCACACGAUACCCCGUCAGAUCCAAUAGGCGACCGGCUGUUCGUCCGCUCUCUCUGUCGUUGUUAAUACCAGUGUAAGCUUAUUUCCCUACCCUUGAUUGGCUUUUUUUACUGCCGUUACGCGGCGGGAGAUCGACCUCUUCGUUGAAUCCGGGGAACUGUUUCGGGGUUGGUGGGUGGUUUUUGCGGUCAAUCUCACGAUGCGCAGCAUCCACCACACACAGACAACCACCAGCGAUGACAAUGGAGGAGGGGUCCAAUCGCUCUAGCAGCGCUUCAACAUGAUCAGAACAAUGUCAUUGACUAACAUUGGCUCAAUUUUGCAGUUUUCAAGAUACCCCAAACCCAUCACCACAUAGCCAAAAUGCCCGGUCUCGACCUUGAGCAUGAGCCCCUCGCGGCUGACGACGUGAGAAUCCUGGGACAGGAUCCCCUGAUCCCCCCCGCCCUCCUCUCCUCCGAGAUCCCCAUGACCGACGCCGCCCUCCAAACCGUCGUCCGCGGCCGCAACGAGGCCGUCGACAUCAUCAUGGGCAAAGACGACCGUCUCCUCGUCAUCAUCGGCCCCUGCUCCCUCCACGACCCAGCCACAGCAAUCGAGUACUGCGCCCGCCUCAAGGCCCUCGCCGCGAAGCUCUCCUCCGACCUCUGCGUCAUCAUGCGCGCCUACCUCGAGAAGCCGCGCACCACCGUCGGCUGGAAGGGCCUCAUCAACGACCCGGACAUCGACUCCACUUUCAAGAUCAACAAGGGCCUGCGCAUCUCCCGCCAGCUCUUCAGCGAUCUCACCACCGCCGGCAUGCCCAUCGCCAGCGAGAUGCUCGACACGAUCUCCCCCCAGUUCCUCGCCGACUUCAUCAGCGUUGGUGCCAUCGGUGCCCGCACCACGGAAUCCCAGCUCCACCGCGAGCUCGCCUCCGGCCUGUCCUUCCCCGUCGGCUUCAAGAACGGCACCGACGGCAACCUCGGCGUCGCCAUCGACGCCAUUGGCGCCGCGGCCGCCAAGCACCACUUCAUGGGUGUCACCAAGCAGGGCCUCGCCGCCAUCACCCGCACAAAGGGCAACGAGCACGGCUUCGUCAUCCUCCGCGGCGGCUCCCACGGCCCCAACUUUGACAAGGAGAAUGUCCAAAAGGCAAAGGACACGCUCACCAAGAAGGGCCAGAAGCAGGCCAUCAUGAUUGACUGCUCCCACGGCAACUCAAACAAGGACCACCGCAACCAGCCGAAGGUCGCCGCCGUCAUCGGCGACCAGCUCCGCGAGGGCGAGAAGUCCAUCAUUGGCGUCAUGAUUGAGUCCAACAUCAACGAGGGCAACCAAAAGGUACCCGCCGAGGGCCCCGCCGCCCUCAAGAAGGGCGUCUCCAUCACCGACGCCUGCAUCGACUGGGAUUCCACCGUCGACGUCCUCGAGGGCCUCGCCUCCGCCGUCCGCGCUCGCCGCGAGCGCAACGCCGGUUCCGCCAACGGCAACGAGGACUCGCACAAGGUUACUCACCUUGAGGAGGAGUAAAGCAAUCGUCACGUCUAGUAAAAAUGACUAGUUUGUGAUUUUGUGAGCAAAGAGAGGAAACACCCAAAAGAGAAAUAGGGGGAUGGAGGGGCUUUGAUUGGAUGAAAUGGAGCAUACCAACCCCCUAUGCAUAGCAUUUGCAUUUUCAAGGCUCCAGGGAGGAAAUCAAGAAAAGUGAUUUUUAUGCGGUUUACAGUCACGGUUGCAUGGGUUCAUGAUACAUGCGUCUCUGGAUUGCUCGAGGGCGCCAAGGACAAUUAGGAGA